GCAAAUCACACUAGAAGCGAACCAUGAGCUGCGCAUGGAGGUGGACUGGGGCAAGCAGGUGCACCUGCAGCUGGUGUCGGGGCAGGCGGAGGUGUUUGGCACGGCGCUGGACCUGGGGGAGCGGGUGACCAUCGGCGGCCAGAAGGUGGCCGUCUACUCCUGGCAGGGGUGCACGCUGGCGAUGGAGGGGCAGCCAGACAUCAUGUACACCUCAGAGGAGACCCCCAUGCCUCACUACCUCAACAUUCACGACGUGCUGGAUGCGCGGCGGCAGGAGGCGCUCAAGGCCAAGGGGGAGGGGCCGCGCACGUUUGUGGUGGGGCCCACCGACGUGGGCAAGAGCAGCCUGUGCAAGAUUCUGCUCAACUACGCUGUGCGGGCGGGGUGGGCCCCCACCUUUGCCGACAUGGACAUCGGCCAGGGCAGCAUCACAGUGCCAGGGUGCAUCGCCGCCACACCAGUGGAGGCCCCGGUGGACAUCGAGGAUGGUCUGCCCACGGAUGCGCCGCUGGUCUACUACACAGGCACACCCUCGCCCUCAGACAACCCCGACCUGUACCGACACCUGGUGGAGCGGCUAGCGCAUGUGCUGGAGCUGCGGGCGCAGAGCGAUGCGCAGGUGCGGGCGUCGGGCCUGUUUGUGAACAGCAUGGGCUGGAUUGUGGAGCUGGGCUACGAGCUGCUGAAGCACACGGUGCAGGCGCUCAAGUGUGGGGUGGUGCUGGUGGUGGGGGAUGAGCGGCUGUACAGCCAGCUCAGCACAGACCUCAAGAAAACAGACCCCGUCAUCCAGGUGCUCAAGCUGCCGCGGUCUGGCGGCGUGGUGGUGCGGUCCCGGGAGCUGCGGCAGCAGGCGCGCAAAGUGCGGGUGGAGGAGUACUUUUACGGCAAUAGAAAGGAGCUCAGCCCCGCCAGCCAGACGGCGCGGUUUGAAGACCUGCAGGUGUAUCGGGUCGGCGGCGGCCCGCGGGCGCCCUCCUCCGCGCUGCCCAUCGGCGCGGCGUCUGUGGCCGACCCGCUGAAGCUCAGCCGCAUCACCAACCCCCAAGAGCUGCUCUACACGCUGCUGGCUGUCAGCCACGCUCCCCAGCCCGAGCUGCUGCUGUCGGUGAACGUGGCUGGCUUCAUCUACGUGCAGGACGUGGAUGCCGCCAAGGGGACCAUCACCUACCUGGCGCCCUGCGCGGGGCCGCUGCCGGGCUCGCUGCUGCUGGCGGGCAGCUUCAAGACCUACCUGGACUGACGGCGCGGGUGCCUGGAAGCGCUGCCAUGCCAUGACCUGCUGCGCUGCUGCAUGUAGGCCCCCCGGUGC